AUCCAUGUUUCUAUUUCCAGUUUUGUUGGGGGGUUUUUUUGUUUGUUUUCCUAAAACUCUACCCCCACCUUGGGGCUAGAACUCAGGACCACCGGGUGAUCAAGAGUCACCUGCUCUACCAAAUGAACCAGCCAGGUGCCCCACUUAUUUCCAGGUCUCCUCACAUUAUCUUACUAAUUCUUACUUUUUUUUUUUUUUUGGAGAGAGAGAGACCAUGGAGCGGGGAAGCGGGGAGGCGGAGGGAGAAGCAGGAGCCGGGCGGGGUGGCGGGAAAAGCGGGGCUGGGCGAUCCCAGGACCUUGAGAACCCGACCUCCAGCUGAAGACAGAUGCUUAACUAAGCUACCCAGGUGUCCCUACAAUCCUUACAUUAAUUCCACUGGAUAUAAAUAAUCAGUUUCACAGGUGAAGAAACGGAGCUCAGGAUAAGGGAUUUGCCCUAAGAAGCAGCCAAGCUAGGAGCUGGCUUUAGCAUUGCAGGACUUCAAAACCCUGCUUCAUUUUCUAAACUUAACAGCAUGCCACUUUCCUAUGUUUAACCACCACUUCUGACUCAUUAACUCAAUAAACAUAGCGUUCCUGCUACGUGUCAAUAAAGCACGUAAAUAAAAAUAAAACCCACCAUAUGCGUAUGAUGAAAAACAGGGAUACACCAGCGAGUGCGUGCAGAGGUGGUUUAUUCCCUUUCUGAGAACCCUUCCCAUGCCCCUCGGAAGCGCACACAAGCUGCCCCACGGCGCCCGGGCACGCAGGCGCGCGCGCACCCCAGCUCUGCGCAAAGAACAGCUUCGAUUAUCCUGGCUGACGACCAGUCCCGAUGAGGAAGGCAGGCUGGCCGCCCACCUGGGUGCGCCCACAGCCGGUCACCCGGGAGGCCCUCGCGCUGGUAUCCAGAAACUGAAUUUUGUUCUCCGAAAUGUCUCAGCUCUUGGAGACAAAGGGGAGAGAGUUGGGCCUGGCUCGGAACCAGGCUCGAGGCCAGUCAGGGAGACGUCCGACCGCCCGUUUCCUAAACCCAGCUGCGAACUCCUGAGCUUCUGAAGAACGUUCCCGGGGGAGUGAUUUGACCAGGUGCAACUCCCUACUGGUCGUCGGAGGCACCGGCGAACGUCACGUGGCGUCGGGGCGGGGACGUAGGCCCCGCCCCCAAAAGGGCCUUUUGUGGGACUCCAGAGGCGCCGGAAACGCCGGCAACGCCGGCGCAGAGCUCCCGACGCGCGCGGCUUCGGCAAUGGCGACUGAGGCGAAGCGCCGGCGGGUGGCGGAGCCUGUGGGCGGCAGCGACGCGGACGCGGACCCGGACCCGGACCCGGACCCGGUGGCCGGUUUCCUGAGCUGGUGCCGGCAGGUUGGGCUGGAGUUGAGUCCCAAGGUGGCGGUGAGCCGGCAGGGAACGGUGGCCGGUUACGGCAUGGUGGCCCGGGAGAGCGUGCGGCCCGGGGAGCUGCUGUUCGCCGUGCCGCGGGCCGCCCUCCUUUCGCAGCACACCUGCUCCAUUGGCGGCCUGCUGGAGCGAGAGCGAGGCGCGCUGCAGAGCCAGUCGGGCUGGGUGCCGCUGCUGCUGGCGCUGCUGCACGAGCUGCAGGCCCCGGCCUCGCCCUGGAGCCCCUACUUUGCGCUCUGGCCGGAGCUGGGCCGAUUGGAGCACCCCAUGUUCUGGCCUGAGGAGGAGCGCAGGCGACUGCUGCAGGGCACAGGUGUACCGGAGGCCGUAGAGAAGGACUUGGCCAACAUCCGCAGCGAGUACUAUUCCAUCGUGUUGCCCUUCAUGGAAACCCACCCGGAUCUUUUCAGCCCCAGGGUUCGCUCCCUGGAACUCUACCGCCAGCUCGUGGCUCUUGUGAUGGCCUACAGCUUUCAGGAACCACUGGAGGAAGAGGAGGAUGAAAAGGAGCCAAACUCCCCUUUGAUGGUGCCUGCUGCAGACAUACUAAACCACUUAGCCAAUCAUAAUGCCAAUCUAGAAUACUCUCCAAAUUGUCUUCGGAUGGUGGCCACUCAGCCCAUUCCUAAAGGCCAUGAAAUUUUCAACACUUACGGGCAAAUGGCUAAUUGGCAACUGAUUCAUAUGUAUGGUUUUGUUGAACCAUAUCCUGACAACACGGAUGACACAGCUGACAUUCAGAUGGUGACAGUUCGUGAAGCAGCAUUACAGGGAACAAAAGCUAAAGCUGAAAGGCUCCUACUAUAUGAACGCUGGGAUUUCUUAUGUAAACUGGAGAUGGUUGGGGAAGAGGGAGCCUUUGUGAUUGGGCGUGAGGAGAUACUCACUGAAGAGGAACUGACCACUACACUCAAGGUACUGUGCAUGUCUCCUGAGGAGUUCAGAGAGUUUAAAGACCAGGAUGGAUGGGGAGAUAAUAAAAGGGAAGAGGACAGCCUGACAAUCACAAAUAUCCCGAAACUCAGAGCAUCAUGGAGACAGCUUCUUCGGGACAGUGUUUUGUUGACCCUGCAAAACUAUGCCACAGACUUAAAAUCUGAACAAGAUUUACUAGGUAACAAGGAGGUGUACACCAAACUGAGCUGGAGGGAACAGCAGGCCUUGCAGGUUCGCUAUGGUCAGAAGAUGAUCUUACACCAGUUGUUGGAACUGACAAGUUAGCAGGUUUUCUGUUACCUGAAGAAAUAUCGACAAGAACUUUAUUCUAAGCUAAUAUUCACUGAUGCUUGAAAAAAAUGAGAAUUUGGAUCUUCUGCUUCACUUUUCCUUUCAUUAAGUGCCAAAAGGAAAAGCAGCAAAGGUGGUAUGUUAGGGUUAACUCUGAGGUAAGGCUAACCGUUUGAAGAUUGGGCACAGUCUUUAAAAUUGGAAACUGCUGAUGGUUACUAAGACCAAUAAAUCAUUUAACUGCUUUGUUCUCAGUCUGAACUAGAGUUAGCAGAAAUGUGACAGUAGUAAGGUCUUGGUCUUUGGUAAGUAGUUAAGGUCAUGGACUUUAAAGUAGACCUGGAUCUACUUUGAGCAAGCUUCUUCCCUCCAAGACUGUUUCCUGUUUGAGGGUUUGAUGAGCUGUAUGGC